GGUGUUAAUUACAAGCUCAGCCCACGUGUUACAACAUGGCUACCAGUGACAAAGGAUCAUCAGUUGCUCCUCCUCUAGCACAAGAAGCUGUACUAGCUCAGAGCCAGCCAAUGCCAGAAGGAUCCCAGGAGGUGAAAGGUUACUCCUGGGACAGUGUUACUGAUGGAAAGGUAGACUAUUCUGCGAUGCUUGAAGCAUACUUGACUUCAGGAUUCCAAGCUACUAACUUUGGACUAGCAGUACAGCAAGUUAAUGAUAUGCUUAAGUUAAGAUCUCAGCCGAUUGAUGAGUCUUCAUUGAAGCCAGCUUUAGAUGAGCCAGGAGACCGACCUGUUACUAACUGUACCAUUUUCUUUGGAUUCACUUCAAAUAUGAUAUCUUCUGGAUCAAGAGAAACUAUAAGAUAUCUCGUUAAAAAUAACAUGGUCGAUGUUAUUGUUACUACUGCGGGUGGAGUUGAAGAAGACAUUAUAAAAUGUUUAGGUCCUACAUACCUUGGGGAUUUCUCUCUGUCGGGCCGAGACCUUCGUAAACGAGGUAUCAAUCGAAUUGGAAACCUUUUAGUACCAAACGAUAACUAUUGCAAGUUUGAGACCUGGCUGACGCCAAUACUGAAUCAGAUGCUGGAGGAACAAAAAAAUGAUGGAGUUGUUUGGUCUCCAUCAAAAAUGAUAUCACGUCUUGGUAAGGAGAUAGACAACCCUGAAUCAGUUUAUUACUGGGCACACAAAAACAAUAUCCCAGUGUUUUGUCCUGCCCUUACUGACGGCUCUAUUGGAGACGUCAUAUAUUUCCAUACCUACUCCAAGCCUGGACUGAUCCUUGAUAUAGUACAAGAUAUUAGAAGAUUAAAUAGACAAGCACUGAGAGCUAUCAACAGUGGUAUGAUUAUACUGGGAGGUGGCCUAACUAAACAUCACAUCUGUAACGCUAAUCUAAUGCGCAAUGGUGCUGACUAUUCAGUGUUUGUUAAUACUGCCAGUGAAUAUGAUGGAAGUGAUUCUGGAGCGAGACCUGAUGAAGCCAUUUCUUGGGGUAAGAUCAAAGAAACUGCUAAACCAGUCAAAGUUUAUGCUGAUGCUACACUAAUCCUGCCGUUGCUAGUGGCACAAUCGUUUGCUAAGUAUCACUCUCUUCCGUCGUCAUGGAGACAUCAUUGAAGAAUUUUAGGUUUUUGAAAGUUAUUUAAUUUAUUAAUGAAACAUUAAAAUGAACUAACACUAUCAUACAAUUAUUAUGAACAGAAGGGGAUUAAAGACGAAACUGUGAGUGACAUGAUUAUAAAACCGAA